AAAUUAAUAAAGAAAAUUAUGAUGGAAGAACUAAAAUUAAAGCUGCAAAUAUUUUUAAUAAUACUUUUUAAAACCGCAACACACACCUAUGGCAUACCAGCAGCACCAGCUGUAGAUGCAACCUUAACCACUUACACACUUAACAACUGCACCAAGGAGCAUGUACUCCAAAUACCCAAUAUGCCUGUCAUAACUGAUUUGAAUGUAAUGUACUGUAAUAUCAGCGAACUGGAAAAUGCUUUCUUUAUACGUUUCCACAACUUAACAUCGUUGGAGAUUACUGACAGCAAACUCACCGCGCUGGAGGACUAUGCGCUGCAUGGCUUGCGGCAAUUGAAAAGUUUAUCCUUGGCACGCAACAACAUAACGGAAUUAAAAUCCUGGUCCAUGGAACAAAUGAAUGCACUCAUUUCGCUUGAUUUGCGCCGCAAUGCAAUUUCCAAAUUGACAUUGAAGAGCUUUUAUCGUUAUCCAAAUUUGCAACGUUUGAAUCUAGCCGUAAAUCUGUUAACGGAUAUUGAUGAUGGAAUAUUUCGCUGGAUGCCCCAUUUAAAAUACUUGAAUUUGGGAAGAAAUCAUUUAAAAGCGAUCGAUGCACGUAACUUUCAUGGCAUGCACCGAUUAACGCAUUUAUCGUUGCAUUUCAAUGAAAUCGAAGAUAUCGAAGGUGAUUCCUUUUCAAGCAACACCCAUUUGCGUUCGCUGCGUUUAGAGGGCAACAAGCUAAGGAAUUUGGAUUUUAUGACUGUGAAGAAUUUGGUGCAUUUGGUUCAUUUGAAUUUAUCAUACAAUGGAAUCGAUUCAUUGGAAAGCUUAACAUUCUCAAAGGACUAUGAAUUGAUUAGCUUAGAUAUGAGCUAUAAUCGUUUAAUACACAUCUCCGCUGACACUUUUGCCGGACUAGAGUCACUUCAGAUAUUAAACAUCAGUCACAAUUUCAUAGAAGAUAUCGAAGCACGUAGCUUCCAUGAGCUAACGAAUCUACUGCACAUCGACAUUUCAGGCAACAACGUAACACGUCUGCCCGCGGAUAUUUUUAAUGGCACGAAAUUACUGCAACACAUCAAUUUGUCACGUAACGCACUGCAGGAAAUCGAUGCUACACUCUUAGCAACUGUACCAUUCCUCAGUACGGUCGAUUUGUCAAAGAAUCAACUUCAUACGGAUGCAUUCAUUAAAAACUUGGCUACUGAUUUAAAUCGAACCGCAUUAGAAUUGAAUUUAAGUGACAAUCGCUUCAGUAUGCUGAACCUGUCAGCGUUGACGGACUUUCAUCGCGUGGGACUAGCAGGAAAUGUUUGGAGUUGCAAAUGGCUCAUCCAGGAAUUGCUAAGAAUGCCACCAACUAUACACUUCGACCAUAGCUAUUCAGUGGCAACAACAUGGAGUACUGCAAUGCUGAACGUGAGCGGCAUAGACUGCCACGAUGAAAUGACACAACGUAAUAUAAUCGUUCUCAAUGCAGGCUGUGCACUUGAUUGCAGAUCAAGCGAUUCCGAAUGCGGAUUAAACAAUAAAGUUAUCAAACCCACACCACCAGCGCUGCUCUGGCCACGCGUACGGCUUGAUAAAUUUGACUCACGUUCAGUGAUUAUAUGGAUGCUCAUCUCAAUAGCUAUAGCAUUUUCUAUAUUGCGCGUUGCUCGACGCUACUUGGACCGAAAGGAACGCAAAAAAAUGCUAUUGAAAAGGAAAGAAAUGCCUCAAUUACGUCCUGAAGCCUUAGCGCUAGGGGAGUCUGUGCGAACUUUUCAACCUGAUCUAGAAUUAGAGACAUACGAUAAGGAACAACGGAAUAUGCGGCAAAUUUAAAAUGUAUCUCAGUUUUUUAAAUUUAAUGUUAAU